AUGGCUCCCCGGCUCCGAGUCCGUGGCUUCGAGUGCUGGGCUGUCGAGCAGAGGUCCGAGCUGCGACGCGUGAUCGGUCUUCGUUCCAGCAGAGCCUUCGGCGUCAGUUGGUCAAGUCGCGAUGAGUGGCGACGUGUGACGGUCAGGCCGGGUCGCGAUGGACGACGACGACUGGUCUUGGGUGUGUCUGCGACUUUUGACCUCCGGACAAUGAUCCUAGUCAUCAUUUUUAGCGGGAUCCUGGCGGCCAUGUUGGUGCUAAUAGGCGUUGUCAUCUGUCUUUACGUCAAACUGUCCAAGGCACUGAAGGAUGGAAAGGAAUGUGAUCUUGAGGCUAACUCAGCCAACACCAAGGACAUGGUCUUCCUGGCUGAAACUGCUGCUGCUGAAUCUUGCUCCAACCUUCACUUCUGUGAUGGAUGCGAAAUGUAUGCAGAUUAUGAUCCUCUGCCACCUUGUUUUUGUGACACAUAUGAGGGACUCUGAUGUGGGAUCGGUGGACACAAACAUCUUCAUGAGCAAUACUUUUCUUAGAAGACUGUUUUGUUAUUCAAAUUAAGUUCUAUAAUAUUUCUCCUAUACUAUGUAGCAUAAAAUGUUCUUUCAUGUACUUUUGAAUAAAUG